AUGCAGCAAAGAUGGAUGAGUCGGACUCUCCAUCACUGUUCGCGUUGGCGCGGCGCAACGUGGAGUCGCCGUGAUGGCUCGAUUCUACAGUCGCAACGAUUGUUCAGGCCGUGGGCAAGACAAUUCCACUAUAGCAACCUGCUAUGGAAGGACGACAAUGCUCCACUCCGCAAGGAGUUGAAAGAUGCUGCAAAGGCCGCGCGAAAGGCUUCAGUGACUCUCCCACAUGAAAGCCCCGACAUUCUCCCAGUUUGGGAGCUAACGGUCGGCAUUGAAAUCCACGCUCAGCUCAAUGCAGCACGAAAGCUCUUUUCAUCCGCCGACACCUAUCCGACCACAGUGCCCAACAGCAGCAUAUCUGCAUUCGAUAUAGCCUUGCCUGGCAGUCUGCCCGUUUUCCAGCCGGCGGUCAUCUUGCCUGCUCUUCGCGCAGCGGUCGCCUUGCAAUGCACAGUACAGACAAGGAGCACGUUUGAUCGCAAACAUUAUUUCUACCAUGAUCAGCCUGCCGGGUACCAGAUCACACAAUACUACAAUCCUUUCGCUGUCCGCGGCCACGUGCUCCUCACAGAAGAGGACGGGCUCGAGCCAGGCCGGCAAGUCGAGGUCAACAUCAAACAAGUCCAACUGGAGCAGGACACGGCCAGAAGCCAGGAAGAAGACGGCACGACAACACUGAUCGAUUUCAACCGCUGCGGGCAAGCUUUGAUUGAGAUAAUCUCCCUUCCGGACAUACACUCUCCGCGAGAAGCCGCAGCGUACGUCCGCAAAGUACAGUCGAUGCUGUAUGCCGUCGAUGCCGUCACCACGGGGAUGGAACAAGGGGGGCUCCGCGCCGACGUCAAUGUCUCGGUGCGCCGUCGAGGCGCAUCCAAUGCUGGGGGAUUGUCCUACGCCGGGGUGACCGGAUUAGGGCAGCGCACGGAGAUCAAGAACCUCAGCACGUUCAAGGGCAUUGAGGAUGCGAUCAAGGCCGAGCGAGAUCGACAAAUCAAAAUCCUGGAAAGCGGCGGAGUUGUCGAGGGAGAAACCCGCGGAUGGUCCAUGACCAAACCCACCGAGACACGCCGGCUGCGCGGCAAAGAAGGCGAAAUCGACUACAGAUACAUGCCAGACGCAGAUAUCCCACCACUGUACAUCGGGGCCGAUCUGAUCCGCUAUAUCCGCAACACUCUGCCGCCGUUGCCCACGGAUCUUGUGAGAAUGUUAGUCGACGACUAUGGUCUUUCGGACGUUGACGCCAAAACGCUAGUGACACUCGACGACGGCGACCGCCUGACCUACUUCCAGGAAGUCGUCGCAGAGCUGGCCUGGAUAGACGUUCAAGGGACGCCGCAAGUCGAACUCGGGUCCAUGGCGGCGAACUGGGUCUUGCAUGAGCUCGGGUCGCUCUUCUCGACCCACGAAAGGCAGUGGUCCAGCAAGGCCGUCCCGUUCGACGUUAUGGCCGAAAUCAUCCAUCGACUGCGCGAGAAACAAAUCACCGGCGCAUCGGCGAAACAGAUCUUAAAGCUCGUCUUCAACGGCGACAAGCGGCCCGUGUCACAGAUCAUCAGGCAGGAGGACCUUGCAUUUUCCGAAAUGUCUCAGGAUGAAUACCGCGCCAUUGCAAGCGAGGUCGUCAACAAAUUCCCCCAGCAUGUCAAAGAUAUCGUCGAAAAGGGCAAGAUGGGAAAGCUGCAGUUCCUCAUGGGUCAGAUGAUGAGGCAUCCCCGUCGUGGCGAUAUGCGAGCCCCAGAGGUCGAGAAGGCACUGCGGCAUGUCAUGUCCUUGGAGGAGGGCAAAAAGUGA